UUGAGUGCUAAACAGACAUAUGGAGAGUGAGAGGGGGUAAAACCCACUAAAACCAUAUCCUAAACGAGCGAAAAAAAAGCGAAAUCAUCUUCUCCGUCUUCCAUCUCAGGAACACAGUUACUCCUAUGGCUUCUUCAUCUUCUUGUGCCGCUGCCCUGACACCAACAACAAACCCUAGUUCCUCCAUUAAAUCCUAUCCGUGCCACCGCACCAGGCUCACCAUACCUGCCCAAUUUCUUGGCAAUUCAUGGAUUGCCACCUUUCCUUCUCUCAGAAAGCCAGUCCCCAUUUUUCUUGGACAUGAGUCCGGAUUUAAAAAGCCACCAUAUUUACAGAAAUGGAGGAGCAAGGCCUCGUUUUUCCCUUUUCUGAAGAAGAAGAAAGACAGCAAAGCCCUCAAAGAAGAGCUCUUAGAGGCCAUUGCUCCACUUGAUAGAGGCGCAGAAGCAACACAAGAAGAUCAGGAUCGCAUAGACAAGAUUGCCAGAGAAUUGGAAGCAGUGAAUGCCAUACAAGAGCCUCUCAAGUCUGAUUUGCUGAAUGGAAAAUGGGAGCUUCUUUAUACAACAUCUAGCUCAAUUUUGCAAAAGCAGAGGCCAAAGUUCUUGAGACCAAAUGGGAAAAUCUACCAAGCUAUCAAUGCCGAUACACUAAGGGCUCAAAAUAUGGAAACAUGGCCAUACUUUAAUCAGGUUACGGCAAACUUAGAACCUCUCAAUGCAAGAAGGGUGCGUGUGAAAUUUGAUUUCUUCAAAAUUGCUGGUUUGGAAGUAGAUAUAGAGCUGAAGCACAUGACAUGUAGAGGAACAAAUUAAGUUGGGGCUGAUAAGUUUCUGUGAAUGUUGCUGAUUUUGGUUGCCUGUGAGGCUGUGACAUGUCAUUGUUGCUGGAACUCUAAGAACGUGAUCAAGAAAUAUACAACCCAUAUCAAUUAUUUUAUCCGCAAACCUUGACAUAGAGGGACCUGCUAUUAGUGGUGCACUUACAUCCAAGGUUCUUGGCAGAAGCUAGUUGAAAGCAGAAAAAUACAUCUUCUUUGUGUGUUAUAGUUCGUUUUGGAUAGGGUUUUUUUAUCUGGAUUUCAGGACUGGAUUGAUCGUAUUAGAGAUCCCACUAGUCAUGUUAGUAAUUUAUUUUAUUGGAGCUUUAUAUUUGAUCAUUUGGGAAUCUGUAACCACAUUAUGAAUUCCUGAAUUAUAUCAUUAUGGUUCUCUAUUGAAUUAAAUGAUAGUUUAAAUGAAAAGUACACUCCAACAUUGUGCAUUUAUUUUUCUGAGACUAAAUAUCGGAGUUGCUUCCAAACUCACUUUCCAUGGAUAUGAUUCUCUGAU